AAUUGAUUCCCACCCUCCUCUCACGCACUUUAUUGCUUUAUCACUCUUACAUUCCCAUCUCCUUGUCUUUAAGAGGCUUGGCUUGUUUACUUCGCCUUCUUCCUCCUCCCACCGCCAAAACCCGGGAAGGGACGUUUGAAUGACGAGAACGUCUUCCUUCCGGACUACAAUUCCCACCACGUGCCUGACUGAUCCCUAAAGAUGCAAGGUGCGAGGCGUUUCCCAGCAUGCACCGGAGUCCUUUGCCGAACUCCAUUUCCCAGGAUGCCUUGGGCAAGUGGAAGGCGGUUAAAGGAAGGCGGCAAAGUCUGCGGUGUAAACGCAGCUGCUGGGUCCGGGUCUCGUGCUUCGCGAAGGGGAUGGAGGGGCAAGUUCAGCGACGCCAGGCUCUUUACAAGGGCGCCCGGACCCCGCCUUGGAAGGAGACCUUCAGGCAGCGCUGCGUCGAGAGGCUGAAGAGCAGCCGUGCCAGGCUCUUGGACAGAUACCGCCACGUAGGAGAAGACACAGCGCAUCAAGCCAGCAAAGCCCUCUUGGUCCAGGAAGUGAUGGAAAUGGAGUGGCAGGCUCUGCAGCCUCUAGAUUUCCAGCUGCCCUUCCCCAGGAAACAAGAAACUAACCCUCAAGUCACUGCGAUGCUGGACGUCUUGGAGGAAAUCCAGGAGGAGCUGAUCUUGCAAGAACAGCUGGCCGUGGAAGAGUACGAACAAAGCCUGCGCUUUGACGAGGAGUGCCUGAAUGCAAUGCUGGAUGGCUUGGAUGCAGAGCGCAAGGUCAUCUGCCCGGUUUGCAGAAGGAACAAUCUCUGUGUGAUGAGUCACUCGGUCGUGUGUCCAUGUGGGCUUUCCAUCAGCACGCAGGGGAUGACCAAGGAGAAGCUCUGCUCCUCGCUGGAAGACUGUGUGACAGAACACAGCCACCGCUGUCAGCAAUGGCCUGAAUUUGCUGUAACCAGCUGGGCAGAAGGCAAAGCACAUCUGCUCAUGAGCUGUCAGGUUUGCGAUUCAUGGGCGGUUAUUUUGUAGCCGUGGCUCCAAAAUAAGUAUGCUUGGACUCGAGACAUGCAAGGAAGCCUUCGGACCACCCAAGAAAGCCAUUUGCAUCACUUUCCAGGAAAGCAGAUAACUCUCGAGUCUUUCCCCAUGUCCCCUUCUGAGAAGCGUCUUAUCUACGUGUGGGUUUAAUACACACAUAAUGUACAUAAUGUCAAAAAGUGCCCUUUAUUGAUUCCUUGAUGCAUGUUGUUUACGGUGGUUCUCGGUUGAGCAAAAAUACCUUUCGAUGUUGAGAGAGGGUGGGUCUUGGUGCACAUGGAACAAAUGGGAUAUUUUGUUUUCCUGUUUCGUGACGUUAAGUGGGCAGCUGCCUUGAAAUGUUUAUCCAGAUUUCACUGAUCCUGCUAUCAGAGCAGGGAGUGUUGCUCAAAGUGCAUCCUUUUCCUGCUUAAAAAGUGCAAGGUUCACUGAAAAGAAGGUAGGAUGACAUGAGGUCAUGAAAACCCACAGGGUUGAUGUGUCAGAACCCCCCCUCCCCUAAGGCAGACUCGUGUCACAUACAUCCUUUUAAUAAUUCUCUGCGAAUAAAGUUGGACUGCAACUAUCA